UUAUUAUUAUUAUUUUUGGCUGAUAAGAAAAGGCCGUGCCGCUUAUCAGUAAUGCACAACAAGAACUAAGCUGUCAGUAAAGAGAUGUAAACCGACAGCGAACAAAAAUAGAAACAAAACAGCGAUAAGUGACGGCGAAACGAAGCGAAUAUUCAUACACGAGAGUUGUGACGACUACGAACAAGCUGGAAWAUCAAUCAAUCAGUAAAUCUAAUAAAGAGUAGGAAAGUGGACGUAAAAUUUAAAAAACGUUCAAUGGCUACGGAUAACGCGUGUUCAUUAUGACAAAUACUCUUUAGUUUUUAUUCUACACAUAAUAAUAACCUCCAAUUUGCCAAAAUUGUACAUUACUCAAUGUAUGAGAAAAAUAAAAGCACAGAUAACUGUAAACAAAGAGUGGACCAAAAAGAAAUUUGUUUUUUUCAGCGUUAAAUGAACUGCAACAUAUUUUAGUUAAGACUAUCAAAGAAUUUAUGUAGAAAACAAGUUUAAGUUUCAUGAAAUAAAUGCUAUUACUUUCAACUACACUCAGCAUGUUGAAGUCCAAGCAAUUGCUAAAACAAUGGGUAAAAGAAUGUGCGAGCUUUUCGCCUGCAAAUUUUAAACUGAAACGCGCCUUGAUUGUGUCUAAGCUGUCACGGUAUGAGUUUGAGCAAAUGCGUCAUCCGGAUCUCUCGCGGGAACAGCUGGAGCAAAAGCUACGAGAUCGCGGCACCGACGUGGAGAACAUGCUCUACUUGCAUAACCUGCACAAGGAUUUCGAGCGGCGCAUCGUACGCAGCUUCAGGAAUGUUGGCUGCGAGGUAAAGCUGUCCAGCAGACUUGAAUUUAGAAGCUCUCUGAGCAAGGAUGUGAUGAGCUGGGCUGAUGUUAUUGUGCCCGUUGGCGGCGAUGGCACCUUUUUGCUAUCAGCGAAUCGUGCGAGUCCUCUCUUUGCCCUCAGCCAGCAGAAAACACCGAUUGUUGGUUUCAAUUCCGACCCACAGCACUCGGAAGGACGCCUGCUGCUGCCCAAACACUACUCCGAGAAUCCCGAAGAAGCAGUCAAUCGCAUUAAAUGCGGCGACUUUAAGUGGGUGCAUCGAUCACGCAUUCGCACCACCAUGCUGGGCAACAAUGGCGCCAUACCCGAGUCCACGGAUCUAUUCAGGCACACAGCGGUUAAAAUGGAGCAGGUUGAUACAGCGCCAGAGGAAUUGGAUUGGAAAAUGGCUGACAAGUAUAAAGCUAAAAUGAAGCGAAUUCUGCCGUACUUGGCGUUAAACGAGGUCUUCAUUGGAGAACAACUUUCGGCACGCGUGUCGCAUUUGCAGCUGGUGCUCAAUCACCAGGAUGUGGUUAAUAAAACAAAAUGCUCGGGUCUGUGCGUCAGUACAGGCACAGGGUCCACUUCGUGGCAUACGAGCAUCAAUCGGAUUACCAGCAGCGAUGUGGAGGAUCUGCUCCAAUCACUGCCCAAUAACUGUGCACCGCAUAUUCUUCAAUUGCGCGCAAAUGUUGAGGAAAUCGCUCAGCGCUACAAUCAGGGACUGCUUUUCCCACCUGAUGAUCCGCGUCUAUGCUACUCCAUACGGGAGCAGAUCUGUGUGGGCGUUUGGCCAUCACCAAAGACAUUUAAGGCACGGGACUUUGUGCAGACCGUGUUUAUAAAAUCGCACUGCAUGGAUGCCAGUCUGGUCAUUGAUGGCAGUAUCUCGUAUCCAUUUAACGAUGGCGCCAAGGUGCUGCUCGAGAUUCAUCCAGAGGAUGCGCUGUUAACCAUCGCCCUAGACUGAAAAAAUCUGAAGCACUAAACCCAAGUGCCUGCUUCACAUAUAAAUUAAAGGCUGCUACAGCUGCAUUUUUUUUAAAUACGUCUGAAUUGAAAUAACGUACAUAUUUAUAUGCGGAACUGCUUAUUAGUUGUAAGCUCAAAAGUUAUUUGUUAUUAAACUACACAGAUACAUAUAUGUUGAUGUAUAUAUACAUAUAGACAUAA